UCUUGAUGCUUGUGUUGCAUUAUACUUCCUUGUGAUGUGGUCUUUUUCUCGAAAUUUACGUGAACGCGAGCAGUGGCGGAGUCAUGAUUUUCAUUGAGGGGGUUCAGAAGUAUAUAUAUGAACUAGUCGAAGGGAAUUCAAUAUCUACUGUAUAUGCAUAAAAAAUAUUUUUAACCAUGUAAAAAUAGUAUUAAAACAAUAUAAUUUUUCGUCAAAGGUGAUUCGGAUGAACCCCUGGAGCAAAGGUGGAUCCGCCACUGAACGCGAGAUUCAUGCUUCAUGCAUCGGGUUGCUCCACACUAAUAGUGUAGAUUUUUUUUUUUUUUUUACACGAUCAGAUCAUUUAAAAGAUAAUUAGAAGUAACUACCUAUAACAAUUAAAAUUAAUUAGUAAUUACCCUGAAAAAUAAGACAAAUAAUCUUUUACAAGUAGUUAAAUUCCUUUGUGAUGUAACUUAUGGAUUCACGUGAACUUGUAUAUGUAUUAUUGUGUGUAUACGUCAAAUAAGACCUAUAUAUUAUAUUAUAUAUCAGAUUUUUAAACACCUCGUAAAAUUUCUGAUUUCACCACUACUUUUACACUAGUAAAUAAAUUAAUAGGCUCUAUAUAUAAGUUGAAUAUUAUUUGAUAAUUUUUUUCUUCCCAUUUUUUUAUGCAGGUUUAUGGAACUCUAUUAGCAUCUGAUAAUACUUCAGAUUACAACAAAGAUAGUAGACAUUGGCUUAUUUUUCAAAAUGUUGAAAAUUUAGUUGUUGGAGGAGGUGGUGUUAUUAAUGGCAAUGGAAAAAUUUGGUGGCUAAAUUCUUGCAAAAUUAAUAAAAAAUUGCCAUGCAAGCAUGCACCCACGGCCCUAACAUUUCAUAAUUGCAACAACUUGAAAGUGAAGGACCUUAAAAUAGAAGAUGCACAACAAAUGCAUUUGACAUUUGAAAGAUGUUUUGGUGUUGAAGCUUCAAAUUUGGUAGUGAGUGCUCCAGAAAGUAGUCCUAACACUGAUGGAAUACAUAUAACUAAGACUCAAAAUAUCCAAAUUUCUGAUUCCAUUAUUGGCACAG